AGAGCGGAUCGCAGCGAGGAGGAGAAAGGAGGGUUUGAGCUCUGGCUGGUUUAAUUGUGCAGUUUUGCAAAAAAAAAAAAAAGGAGAAGAAGACGCUGCAGCGGAGAUUCAGAGGCGAUAAUUGGGACCAUGAGGACAAGUACAUGCUGACCAGAGGAGACAUGUUGACGCUGCCAUUCGAGGAACCUCAUAUGAUGUGUGAGCCGCGCUUUGGUGCCAACUAUCCCCGCGAAAGCCUGCCUGACAGCCUGCAACAGCAGGAGCGACAACAGCGUCCCACAGCCAGAUCCGACCCGGAGAUGAUGAGGGAUGCAGAGGACGACCUUUCCGACAGGGAKGAAGACGAAASAGAGGACGACCAGGACGAGAACGAGCUACAGAAGAAACGGGGGCCGCGGAAAAAGAGGCCCGGCAAGGAGCAGGUGGACAGGGCCAAACUCCGGCGCCAGGAAGCCAACGCCCGGGAGCGCAGCCGGAUGCACGGCUUGAACGCCGCGCUGGAGAGUCUGCGCAAAGUUGUGCCGUGCUACUCGAAAACUCAGAAACUGUCCAAGAUCGAGACGCUAAGACUGGCAAAAAAUUACAUCUGGGCCCUAUCAGAGACCCUGAGCGCGGGGAAGAGACCGGACCUCCUCGCUUUUGUGCAAACUUUGUGCAAAGGAUUAUCUCAGCCUACCACCAACUUGGUGGCGGGCUGUUUGCAGCUGAAUGCCAGAAAUUUUCUCACGGAUCACAAUGGAGAGGUGAUGUUUUCUGGCAGGUCGCCUUACGAAGCUAUGUACUCGUACACCGGCUCGGACAUGAACUCGCCCCCGGGCCACAGCGGCGGCGCGCUGGACACCGGCUCUAAACCUUUCCGACACUACAGCUACAGCAGCGCCUACGAAACUUACUUCGAGAACCCGUCCCCGGACAGUGGGAGCCCGCAUUUUGACGGCCAGCUGAGCCCCCCGAUGAACUUCAAUGGAAUUUUUUCCCUAAAACACGACGACCCGCAAGAUUAUGGGAAAAGCAGCCACUAUGGUGUGCGCUACUGUGGCGCGCCAGGGCGCUCGGCCCUGGCACCUAACUCAAUGUACCGAGUCUCCCCAGAGGCCCGUUUCCCCUACGACCUGCACGUCCGCAGUCAGUCCUUCCAAACGCAGGGGGAAGUCAAUGGCUCUUACCACAAUUAAUUCAUCACAUGGGACAAAGUGCAAACUUUCAGAUGCAAAUUUCUCUGCACAAAAGUAAAAAGAAGAGAGAGAGAGAGA